AUGGCGACUGGAAAUACGUCCAAGAUCACCGACUGGGUGAACCCCAAUGAUAAGUCUGGCGAGUUCAAGCGCCAGCAAUCCGCCUUCCGAAGCUUCAUCUCGCGCGAGGCGGGCGCAGAGUUCCCUCCUGAGAAAGGCCGCUACCAUCUCUACGUGUCCUAUGCUUGUCCUUGGGCUCAUCGAACACUGAUCACCCGCAAAUUGAAGGGUUUGGAGGAUAUCAUCUCCUUCUCGUCUGUUCACUGGCACUUGGCUGAAAAAGGAUGGCGCUUCGCCACCGCAGACGAAAAUCUUCCCGGGGAAAACACCAUUCCCGACCCAUUGCACCCGGAGUUCACGCACCUGCGUGAGAUCUACUUCUCCAACGACUCGAACUACGGAGGACGAUUCACUGUUCCCGUCUUAUUCGACAAGAAGACCAAGAAGAUUGUCAGCAAUGAGAGCGCCGAAAUCAUCCGCAUGCUCUACUACGAGUUCGAUGACCUGGUAGCAGACAAAUACAAAAAGCUAGAUCUCUUCCCUGCUCAUCUCCGCCAGGAAAUCGAUACAAGCAACGAUUGGAUCUACAAUGAUAUCAACAAUGGUGUCUAUAAAUCAGGCUUCGCGACCACACAGGAAGCGUACGAGAAAGCCGUGACGACUCUCUUUGGAUCCUUGGACAAAGUCGAAGCCCAUCUUGCGAAGCAAGCGUCCGUUUCGCCAUUUUUCUUUGGAGAUAGUGUUUCGGAGGCGGAUAUUCGUCUCUUCACUACUAUUAUCCGAUUUGAUCCGGUUUAUGUGCAGCAUUUCAAGUGUAAUAUUCGUGAUAUUCGCUCUGGGUAUCCGGCUAUUCACCGUUGGGUGCGUGGGUUAUAUUGGGAUUUGCCUGCUUUCGGGGAGACAACGGAUUUCGAGCAUAUUAAGAAGCACUAUACGAAGUCGCAUAAGCAGAUUAAUCAGUUUGCUAUCACGCCUGUUGGGCCGUUGCCGGAUAUUUUGCCUAAGGAUCAGGAGGUUAAUGCCGUGAAGGGAGCUUAG